GGAAAAGAAUAAUCUGGACCUUGAAGGACCAGGUUAUAAAUUCAAAUAAUAAAAAAUGCAUGGGUUGGUUCACAAUUAAAGUAAAAUAACGGUUGAGAGGAAUUUGAAAAAAUUUCAGAAUUUCUUAUUACAAGAAAGCACCAACGGCACGUCAUGGUUGAGGGGAGGAGAUCUGCACGGUGUCAUCGCUGCGUCGUCUUCCCCGACAAGUUCUGCCGCUUGUUUUGCUUUUGCUCCGGCGGAUGUGAAGCACUCGGAGCACAGUUUGGGCGUGGACUCAGUGCCGUUGGCUGAGGAGAUCUGAGAAAAGAGCAAAACAGAGAGAUUCAGAGAGGAGAGAGAGCUCGCCUCGCCGUCGUCGUUUUGCCGUCGCCACCGCAGUUCAUCGCCUCUCCAGAUCUGGUCGCAACGCCCAAGCCUCUGAGGAUGUUCCAUUACGACCUCCUUGACGAGACGCAGAACAAGCUCGAUUAUAUCCUCCCUCUCUCUCUCACUGUUGAGAACUUCCUCGAGUGUCGCCUCCAUAUUCUCGUCUUCAAGUCCGGCAUGGCCAAGUUCAUCCAUCAGUGCAUAUUAGAUAAGAGGGUUCAGGGAUCUAAAACAUCAAAUGAUUCUGCACAAUCUUCCUCUGCUAUGCUUGCUGUUGAAAAAGAUGAUAGACAUGCCAUUGCAGAUAAGAGGGUUCAUGAGUCUUGGUAUUGCUAUCUCUUGCCUUGUUUUCACCAUUAGUAACUGGAAGGUACAAUUAAACUGAGUAGCAAUAUACAUGGUAUACAUACAAUACAAUUGGUAUGGAAGUCAAUCAUGUCUAGCUGUUUAACCGCUAUACCACAGGCAAUGCAAUAUGCUUCACCCAAAGCAAUAUAGAAUCUGUUGUUUGGAGUCACCCAACCAUCCAUGGAACAGAAAGAAGGAUCUGAAAGGAAAAGUUGUUGUCCUGAAUUUCUGGACUUAUUGUUGUAUAAACUGUAUGCAUGUCACAAGAAGGAUCUUGAUGAUUUUGUGGAGGCAGCACUGAUGUUUUAUGGAAAACGUAAUUUGUUGGAUAAUACACCAAUUACGUUGAAUUUGGAGAAAGAUAAUGAUCCUCGGCUUUCAGCAUCUCCAUUGAAGUUCCCUGGAAAGCUAGCAAUUGAUAUCCUCAACAACAGGCUUUUUAUUUCUGACAGCAACCAUAACCGUAUAGUGGUUACCGACCUUGAUGGGAACUUCAUUGUACAAAUCGGUAGCAGUUGGGAGCAAGGUCUGCAGGAUGGUUCAUUUGAUGAUGCCACCUUUAACAAAUUGGUGACAGUACUUGAAAUUUAGUGGAGAUAUGGAGGAGACAGAGGAUUCGAUAAAGUUACUCAGCAGCAAGAAUAUUGUCUCCCUUGAUGUUCAUAACAAGCUGAUGAGUUGGAUUAAGGAUGUGGAAUCAAAUGUGCCUGCAAUUGAUGUGCUGGAAGGCUAUUCACAUAAACAAAUUGGUGAAAUUUCAGAGCCAGAGAAAGAUGGGAACACAAACAACCCUGACUUCAAGCCCGAAGGUGGUGAGGUGUUCGAGGUUAUCUCAAUUGAGCUAGUCACAAUACUGCAGGUCCGAUGUCGCGACGAAGCUGGAAGCUGAUCAAUCUUGCUAUUCUUUUUUUUAUUAAUUAGACUAGUAUUUUGUGGAUUAUGUUGGUAUAUAAAUUUUUAGGAAUUCCGUUACUUGAUAUACUCAUUCUGUUCAUACAAGAGAUUAUGGUAUUUGAUACGCUAUUACUAUUAAGGGUGAGUUUGGCAAACACGUUGAAAUGUUUGGCAACUUUUUUUUCUCUGAACGUAGACAUAAUUUUGUAUUCUAAAAGCACGUUCACUCGACGCAAGAAACGGUAGCUUUUACGCACUUAA